AUGCGCCGCCUCUCAAUUGCCUCGAGGCCUCAACUAUCUUCUUCCAUGGCAUAUCCUAGACGAGCUCUCCCGUUCCUGGCGGCGUCGUCCAAUCCGCCUGUUCCCCGAUCUCCUCACCAAUGUCGCCGGGACAUGGCCGUCCUCAGCCGCUCGUUACGAGGAGACGAGUCUCCUCGUAAACGUCGUAGAUGGAGGCGGAUUUGGAACCGGUACGUGAUCCCUGAUCGCCCGACUGAAAUCGUUGCCGUCGAGGACGACGAAGAAGACACACACAGACACGACGAGUAUGCUACGAACAGCAUAGAGGAGAGCAGCAGCCACCGUGAUGGUUCCAUCUACACGGGCCUGGGUUACUUCUACUGGAAAAAAUACCUCCACGUCGCCGACCGUGGCGAGACUCGGCUGGAGCCGAUGAUGUUCACGGAUCCCACGCCAGAUUGCGGCCGCUACAUUGGAGAUUGUUGGAGACAUAGACCUACCGGCAUGCUGCAGAUCUUCUCGAUACAGGUGGCUAAACUAAUUCCACAGGAUGCUGGCUCGGCAGAGCUCUAUGGAUACGUAGCCACGCGUGAUAAUCUGGAUCCGCUCCUCAAUUACGUCGUCAAUAUUAGUAGGGAUGAUCCCCUCGUCGUGGAGCAGGGUUCUCUCGUCCCGAUGACUGGCCCAAAGCGGGGGAUAGAGGUGGGGAUAGACUGUAUGGAAAUUACUCUGGUCGAAUACGACAUGAGGAUCAAAGUAGGCCAGCACGAAAAAGAUGACCUACAGAUACUCGACGGCGCAUCCAUGUUGGGCAACCAAGGCUCAUGGGGUUGGCCGUUCAAAUUGGACACCCCGGGAGACUUUGGCACCAUCGACUUAACUUUAUCGCGUGUUCGGUCUGCGGUUGAGGCGACCGUGGAGGUUGCCAUACUCCAAGUACAAAGCAGCUUCAACUUGUCUCUCGUAUGUUUGACCAGUGGGUUUAAGGAUGAGGAAAUCGUUCUCUUUGAUGGAGCGAUUGCUGAGUCCCGUGGCUUAAAGAGGUCCGUAGUUGCUGUAGCGAGCCAUUCUUACAUGGAUUUGAAGUUCAAUGUAGCCGGACUGCCAUCGACUCCCGACCAACAUUGUUGCUCCUUCAAGGCGGAAAUCCAUGGACAUGUUACUCAACACAUAAAGACCGAGUUUGCCUUAAUCUCAGUGAAGGUGACUUGGUCAACCUUGCAGCAUACAACAAUGGCUUAA